CGCCCGUUUGGGUCACGUGGCGAGGCCGCCGCCGCGGCCAUCACCACUGUGGGCAGUCGCAUUUGGCCGCCGCCGCGCCCCCCGCCCGUACCUGGGCUUCACGCCCCCCAGGUGGGCCCGGCCUGGGCUCCUGUCCCCCGCCGCAGUCACCCCCCUCGCUUUCCUGUCCCCUUGGGCGCUGGGGGUCGCUCAGGGAGGGACAUGGGUGACCGGAAGUGAAAACUGUGAGCGUCGCGCCCGGGGCGCCAAGGCCUGAGGCGCCGUCGGGGCCACCGCGACGCACGCAUGGAGAGCACUGGGCGCCGGGCUGCGCACCGACGGCUCACCGGAACCCACGGGCUCUGCGGGGCGAGGGCUUUGCAGAACCGACUGGCCGCCCGAGGCGCGGGAACAUGAGGCUUAGCCCGGAUCCCGCUGCGGGCGAGGCGCGCGGUGCCCAGACCUGCCCUGGUCGCGGGUGAACAGCGCGGAACCCCAGGACUCGCCCGUCGUUGUCUGUGGCAGCAUGGUCUUCUGUCUGGAAAACGAGGAGCCGCGCCGCCCACUGCGAAGCGCCAUGGUCCACUUCCAGGCCUCAGAAGUCCAGCAGCUGCUACACAACAAAUUCGUGGUCAUCUUGGGGGACUCCAUCCAGCGGGCUGUGUACAAGGACCUGGUGCUCCUGCUCCAGAAAGACUCACUGCUCACAGCUGCCCAGCUGAAAGCCAAGGGGGAGCUGAGCUUUGAACAGGACCAGCUGGUGGCUGGGGGCCAGCUGGGCGAGCUGCACAACGGGACACAGUACCGCGAGGUCCGCCAGUUCUGCUCGGGUUCUGGCCACCACCUUGUGCGCUUCUACUUCCUCACCCGCGUUUACUCUGAGUACCUCGAGGACGUCUUGGAGGAGCUGACAUACGGGCCUGCCCCGGACCUGGUGAUCAUCAACUCCUGCCUCUGGGAUCUCUCCAGGUAUGGCCGCUGCUCAAUGGAGAGCUACCGAGAGAACCUGCAGCGGGUAUUCGUGCGCAUGGACCAAGUGUUGCCAGACUCCUGCCUCUUGGUGUGGAACAUGGCAAUGCCCCUUGGGGAGCGUGUCACUGGGGGUUUCCUCCUGCCAGAGCUUCAGCCUCUGGCAGGCUCCCUGCGGCGGGAUGUGGUUGAAGGGAACUUCUACAGUGCUACCCUGGCUGGGGACCACUGCUUCGACGUCUUGGACCUCCACUUUCAUUUCCGGCAUGCAGUACAGCACCGUCAUCGGGACGGUGUCCACUGGGACCAGCAUGCACACCGCCACCUCUCACAUUUGCUUCUGACCCAUGUGGCUGAUGCCUGGGGCGUGGAGCUGCCCAAGCGUGACUACUCCCCUGAUCCGUGGAUGGAGGACUGGCCAGAGAUGGAUCAUCUGUUCCAGGGAAGCCGUGGGCAGUCCCCUGACUUCGGGGAACAGUUGGCCUUGCCCCCACCCCCACCCUCUCCUUUGCCCCCUCCCAUGCCUCUUCCCUACCCUCUUCCUCAGCCUUCUCCACCUCCCCUCUUCCCACCCCUGCCCCAGGAUGCCCCUUUUUUCCCAGGCCAGCCCUUCCCACCCCAAGAAUUCUUCAAUCAUAAUCCAGCAGAGGACUUCUCGAUGCCACCCCACUUAGGAUGUGGCCCUGGAAUGAACUUUGUGCCUGGCCCCCUGCCACCUCCAGUCCCUGGCUCUAAUCCCCAUGGUCAGCACCGGGGCCCGGUGGUCCACCGGGGGAUGUCACGCUGUGUUCCUAGCGGCCCCUACCAUGUGCCGAGGACGGGGGGACCCUGCAGACAGCGGCUCAGGCACUCAGACAGACUGAUCCACACAUACAAACUGGACAGACGGCCUCCUGCCCAUUCGGGGACAUGGCCUGGGUAGGCUGGAUCUUGGGCUGGGGCUGGAUGUGCUGAUGGCUAUGCAGGGCCUGCCUAGCACUGCAGGUGCUGGGCUAGGUAUCUGUUAUGCGUGGUAUCGUUCUUGUCCAUUGCUGUCACCAAUAAAGGCAUGGAAGAACAGAGUG